AUGUAUUCGGCCAAAAAGCUGCUUCUAACUUCAGCCAACACGUCGACUGCUUUGCCCAUUGCACCACUUGAUAGUCGCACGAAUCUCAUCACCACUAUCACACGGAGGCACAGGCACAGAAUGUUUGCCACAUACCCAAUUAGGAAAGGUCGAUGCCAAGCAUCUAACCAAAGUUCUACCCAAGUGGAGAGUCUGAGCCCCAAGUUACCCCAGUCAUCUGCUCACCUCGAAUUCUCACGAAUUGCUUGCCUAUUUAGAAUUGAGUAUGACACCCCCGCAUCUACUUUGAGACGAUGCCUUUCUACGGUCGUCCCAGUAAAGUGUGAUCGGCUUGAGCCAAUAUGUUCUCAAUGCAAGAGAGCGGGCAAACCAUGUGGCGGCUAUCGGGACGUGCCGUCUUUUAUGUUCCGCGAUGAAAAUGACAAGGCGGCCCGACGGAGUGCAGAUGCAAAAGCCAAAACCGAGGCCCGUCGAAGAUUGGAGAAUAGCGCAUCUCUCGAAUCUGAUAUAUCCAUUCCUGAAUCGCGAGCCGAUCGUUCACCGUUGGAUGCUUUAGUCUGCAGGAGCAGGAGCCAAUUGAGCCCGACUCCCAGGAUCAUUGCCCCGCUGUCCACCUCAUUGGAGGACCAGGGGUUGAGGUUCUUUAUUAACCGUUUUGUGACACGGAUGGCCACCAGAGCAGAUGGUUCUCUAGAUACAGGUAUCGUGCAGCCUUUUCCUCGAUUUGAGGCAAUUUCUCUUGACCAGUCGAGUCGAGAUGCUGUUGUCUCAGUUGGGCUUGCGGCCUUGUCCAAUGUCAAUAAUGACAGAGAACUACGGAUAUUGUCUCAAGAGAAACAUGCUAUGGUCCUCAAGGCUGUUCGAGAAGUGGUGGAGAACCCCGCUCAGGCAAAUCCCCAAAAAACGUUCCACUUGAUCGUAAUGCUUAGUCUGUACUCGGUGGUCAGUUGUACCUCAGACCAGCUCGACUCUUGGAUAGUGCAUCUGGAUGGUGCGGCUGCCUUACUUAAACAGUCCACCUUUGGGCUAUCACUCACGACUUUGAACCACCGAGCCCACUUACAAUUCUACUUUGUUUCAAUUGUCAAAUACUUCUCCAAGAGGGUUGUCACUCCGGAUCUGCUGGACUGGUCUCCUGAUAUUAUACCCUUCCCGCCACCAGAUAUCUUACCAGGUGUCGGUCUUGUUGACAUACUGAUAAGAUUCACGAAGUUCGAUGCAUAUCUACAUUACCAAAAGAUUGACGCGAGAACAGUGGUGGACUCGGCACUAUUGUUUGAAUAUGAACUCUGCAAGUGGGAAACUCACCUCCCACCAUAUUGGUCCUUUACUGUGAAAGAAUCCAAUGCAUAUGAGCACACAUAUCGUGGCCAAUAUCAUGUCUACAAGGAUAUUUGGGUUUCGAAAGUUCUCAAUCACUACCGCUGGGCACGAGUGCUAGUCAAUGAGACCAUCGUAUCCCUAAUUUCAAGAAUGGCACAACCAACAGCAAAUAAUGUGCUUCAACGGCAGCAAGCAUUAGACACGAUUUCCCGCAUGGCAGUUGACAUAUGCGCCGGAGCUGCAAGUCAGGAAGCUAUCACCGGGCAAGGAGUUUCCGAAGACCCAUCACAUACACCACUGUUGAAUGGUACCUUCAUGUUGCUUUUCCCAUUAGGAGUUGCUGGAGGUGCGGCGGGGACUCCCGAUGAAGUUCAUGAAUGGGUUGUUGGGAUGCUUGAGCGAAUAGGAGGUACGAUGGGGAUCCGGCGAGCUUUAGAAAUGAUACCUCAACUGAAGAAAUCAGUGGAGAAAUGGAAACUAGAUCAGAAGCGAUGGAACAGCAUACAUGAACCAGUGGACACAAAUAGAAGUUAG